CCCCGGAUUUCAAUUAUGUUUGGAAGCGGUUGUUUACAUCGGAUGUAGGGCAGGCCAUAGAUAUGGGCAGGCUUUUAGGAAACUCGUCUUCUGUUUUUGAUUUUUGUGACACCGGGGCUGUAUCAAUUCAUUAUUAAGUUCUCUGUAAAAUGCCUUGACGGUUCGGGAUGUUAGUUAGUUACAGCAGCAGCUCGGAGGAAGACAGCGAACCCGGAAGUGAAGCACCAAUUCGGACCAGCCGACCGUUGGAUGACGAAGAUGAGGAUAACCGAGAACUUCCAACCAAAAAGAGAGCCAGAACUGAGGAAGUGGAUCAUAAAAAGAGACUACCUCUCCCUGGUUGCCUCCUGACAAUGUUUCCUGAUGAUGAUGAUGAUGAUGCACCCACUGAAGACAGCUCCCUUCAUGGUGGGCGGAUCCGCUCCUUCAAGCACGAGAGAGGAAACUGGGCCACCUACGUUUAUCUGCCAUAUCCUCCUGAUGAGGAGUUUGAGGAGGUUUUGGAGGAGUUGCUGUCAGCCUUGAGGGCUCAGGGUCUGACUUUGACCCGGCAGGAGGAGUUCCACCUCAGUGUGUCUCAGACAGUGGUGCUCAGACACCACUGGAUCCAGCCUUUUACACAAAGCCUCCAGGCAGGCCUUUCACACUGCAGAAGGUUUGUGUGUUCAGGGGGGACACUGAAGGUCUACUGUAAUGCUGAGAGAACAAGGACCUUUUUGGGGAUGGAAGCGACCGUCGGGCAUGCUCAGUUGUUGGAUCUGGUCCGGGUUGUUGACAAAACGAUGGCGGAGUUUCGACUAGACACGUUCUAUACGGAUCCUUCUUUCCAUGUAAGUCUGGCCUGGUGUGUGGGAGACCUAACAGAGAAGAUGAAGGAGAUCUUACAUGACCUGCAGGGUUUGGUCGAUAACCGCGAUGAAGGACCAUUUCUGUUUAUGCUGGCCUGUACAGAAGUUCGCUGUAGGACAGGAAAUAAGACUUUUCGCUUCCCGCUGAAACCGUGAAAACCUCGGUGAAGAGUCUGGGUCGGCUGGCUUUGACUCUGCGAGUCGCUGCUGCAGAGCCACAAGAAACUGAGCUGAUGUUACAGAUGGCUGCUACUGCUCUCAGUUUAUAACCUGAUCUGGGAACCAGUGAAGACGAUCAAGAAACACAGAUCUUUUUUUCUAUCAUAGAUGAACUAUUUGAUUAAAGUUGCUGCUUGUUUUGUAGA